GCUACUACAGCAGCAACUUCCACAGAAGCACCAAGUACAACUGCAACAACAGAAACAUCUACAAGUGCUGCGGCUACUACAGCAGCAACUUCCACAGAAGCACCAAGUACAACUGCAACAACAGAAACAUCUACAAGUGCUGCGACUACUCCAGUGGCUGAAACGACAGCAGUCACAGCUACGACAGCAGCGACUACUCCAGUGGCUGAAACGACAGCAGUCACAUCUACGACAGCAGCG